GAGAGAGAUUUCUGGUCAUCGCUUCAUGCGAUACUGGGACUUUGCCCUGUUUGCUUUGCACUGUGCAUUUGACUGGUGCUGCCAGACAGAAGUCAGUGGCUUUUCUUUUUUGCAAACUUUGAGAGAAAACGGGCCCUGGACAUUGUGCUGAGCUGACUGACACCAGAAGGUUUGGGCAGUCUCUGGAGGGGAAGCACUAAAACAGGACUGUCCUGUUGAAUACUGUGGGGCUGGUGAAUGAUCCACCACGAAUAUUCAUUGAUUUUUUUCACACAGUGGGAUAAGUCAGCAUCAUGAAGACUUUAUUUAAAUUACGAAUUCUCCAGUCCGUGUGGACUCCCCAGUCACCUUCUAGAUUAUUCCACAAAGAUAACAAGCGUCUUGUGUCUCAGAUGGUUUCACACUAUGAAUCUAUAAACCGGUGUGAACGGGAACUGCCAGAACACUUCAACUUUGCAAGUGAUGUCCUAGACAAAUGGUCUCAGCUGGAAAAGGAUGGGAAGAGACCUGCGACUGCAGCUUUCUGGUGGAUAAAUGAUAAGGGAGAUGAGGUGAAGUGGAGCUUUGAGGAGCUGGGAUUUCUGUCCAGAAAAGCAGCCAAUGUGCUUUCUGACCCAUGUGGAUUGCAAAGAGGAGACCGAGUAAUAGUGAUUCUACCUCGGAUACCAGAGUGGUGGAUACUGAAUGUGGCUUGUAUGCGAACAGGAAUUGUCUUUAUUCCAGGAACAUCCCAAUUAAGGGCCAAAGACAUUUUCUAUAGACUCCAGGCUUCGAAGGCCAAGUGCAUCAUUACCAAUGACACACUGGCACCUGCAGUGGAUUCUGUCUUGCCUGACUGCCAGUUUCUGAAAAGCAAGCUAAUUGUUUCUGAAGGCAGCAAGGAUGGGUGGCUGAACUUUCAAGAGCUACUCAAGGUGGCACCGGCUGAUCAUAACUGCGUCAAGACAAAGAGUCGAGACCCAAUGCUCAUCUAUUUUACCAGUGGAAGCACAGGACCUCCAAAAAUGGUUGAACAUUCCCACAGUAGUUACGGCAUAGGAUUUACAGUCAGUGGCAGGUACUGGCUGAAUCUGACUCCCUCGGAUAUAUUCUGGAACACGUCAGACACAGGCUGGGUCAAGUCAGUCUGGAGCAGCAUUUUUUCUCCCUGGAGUAGCGGAUCAUGUGUCUUUAUACACAACCUGCCACAGUUUGAACCAGCAACUGUCGCGAAUACUCUCUCAAGGUAUCCCAUAACCACUUUCUGCACAGCAUCAACUGCCUACUGCAUGCUUGUGCAGCAUGGGCUUACCAGUUACAAAUUCAUGAGUCUGCGUCACUGUGUGACUGGAGGGGAGCCGCUCAAUCCAGAAGUGAUGAAGCAAUGGAAAACCCAAACAGGUCUGGAUAUCUAUGAAGGCUAUGGCCAGACGGAAACAGUUACAAUAUGUGCCAACGUGAAAGGAAUGAAAAUUAAACCAGGCUCUAUGGGAAAGGCAUCUCCACCUUACGAUGUUCAGGUUGUAGAUGACCAGGGUGAUAUUUUGCCUCGAGGAGAAGAAGGAAACAUUGCCAUCCGAAUCAAACCUACAAGGCCAUUUUGUCUUUUCUCUCAGUAUUUAGAUAACCCAGAAAAAACUGCCUCCACAGAGCAUGGGAAUUUUUAUAUCACUGGGGACAGAGGGAUUAUGGAUGAAGAAGGAUACUUUUGGUUUGUUGGAAGGUCUGACGAUAUCAUUAAUUCUUCAGGGUAUCGUAUCGGACCAUUUGAAGUAGAAAGUGCCUUGAUACAGCACCCAGCAGUCGCAGAAUCAGCUGUUGCCAGCAGCCCAGAUCCUAUCAGAGGAGAGGUGGUAAAAGCUUUUGUUGUCCUGGCUCCUGCUUUUCUAUCACAUGACCCAGAAAAAUUAGCUCUGGAGCUGCAGGAGCAUGUGAAAAAGGUGACUGCUCCCUACAAAUAUCCCAGAAAGGUGGAGUUUGUUCAAGAGCUGCCAAAAACAGUUGCUGGGAAAAUCCAAAGGAAGGUAUUAAGGAACAAAGAGUGGGGAAGAGCAUAGCAUCGUGUGGACAGUCGAGAACAAAGCGUCUUUCACUUCCACAAUCAUAUGUCUCAUGUUUUCACUUUUCUCUAUUGGUCCGGUGGUCUAAUAUUGUGAACAAAGAGCAUUAGCAGUGUCUGUUACACCUGUCCCCCUGCUGCAUUCCUUUUUUCCCCUGUCCUUUCUGUUUGUCCUGUGUGGCCGCCCCUCCCGGCCAUUGUGCUAACUAAAGUCACAGCCCUAUUCAUAGGAAUGGCUUGUACAGACUAACU